CUCCUCCCCAAGCACAGCCUGAAAUCUCUUUCAUUGAUUUUUACUUUAAGAUUUUUUCCCCUCUCUCUCUCUCUCUCUCUCUCUCUCUCUCUCUCUCUUUUCUCUUUUUGCUGCUUCAUCAUCACCAACUAUGGUUCUCUCAAAAGUAUUCUCGGAGUCGGACAUUUCAGUCCACUCCACCUUUGCCUCUCGUUACAUCCGAGACUCUCCUGCUAAGCACAAGAUGCCGGAGAACUCCAUACCGAAGGAGGUGGCGUACCAGAUCAUAAACGACGAGCUGAUGCUCGAUGGGAAGCCUCGGCUUAACCUGGCUUCGUUUGUGACAACAUGGAUGGAGCCAGAGUGUGAUAAACUCAUCAUGGAUUCCAUCAACAAGAACUACGUCGACAUGGAUGAGUACCCCGUCACCACUGAGCUUCAGAACCGGUGCGUGAACAUGAUAGCACAUCUAUUCAAUGCGCCACUGGGGGACUCUGAGACAGCAGUUGGAGUUGGAACAGUCGGUUCCUCCGAGGCCAUAAUGCUUGCUGGACUUGCUUUCAAGAGAAAAUGGCAGAACAAGCGCAAGGCUGAAGGAAAACCCUUUGAUAAGCCCAAUAUUGUCACUGGUGCCAAUGUCCAGGUAUGCUGGGAGAAGUUUGCAAGGUACUUUGAAGUGGAGCUGAAGGAAGUGAAGGUGAGGGAAGGGUACUAUGUAAUGGACCCAGUGAAGGCUGUGGAGAUGGUAGACGAAAACACUAUCUGUGUGGCAGCCAUUUUGGGUUCCACCUACAACGGCGAAUUCGAAGAUGUCAAGCUCUUAAACGAUCUCUUAUUGCAGAAAAACAAUGAAACCGGGUGGGAUACUCCAAUUCAUGUUGAUGCAGCCAGUGGUGGGUUUAUUGCACCAUUCCUAUACCCAGAGCUUGAAUGGGACUUCAGGCUUCCAUUGGUGAAGAGCAUCAAUGUCAGUGGUCACAAGUAUGGGCUUGUUUAUGCUGGAAUUGGGUGGGUUAUCUGGAGGACCAAAGAUGAUUUGCCUGAAGAUCUUAUAUUCCAUAUCAAUUACCUUGGAGCUGACCAACCCACCUUCACCCUCAAUUUCUCCAAAGGUUCUAGCCAAAUUAUUGCUCAAUAUUAUCAACUAAUCCGAUUGGGUUUCGAGGGCUACAGGAACAUCAUGGAAAAUUGUCACAACAAUGCAAUGGUGCUAAAAGAAGGUCUUGAAAAAACAGGGCUUUUCAACAUUCUGUCAAAGGACAUUGGUGUUCCGGUGGUGGCCUUUUCGCUGAAAGACAAAUCCCGAUACACCGAAUUCCAGGUCUCCGAAACGCUACGUCGUUUCGGGUGGAUCGUCCCGGCUUAUCCAAUGCCAGCCGAUGCUCAGCACGUGGCACUGCUACGUGUCGUUAUCAGGGAAGACUUUUCUCGCACCUUGGCCGAACGACUUGUCGUCGACAUCAUCAAGGUACUGGAAGAGCUCGAUAAGCACUAUAUUCCAGCAGCACCCAAAACGACAAAAGGGGAUGGGAAAAACGGCACUGUGGUGAAUAAAACGGCAGAGGAGAUUAAGAGGGAAAUCACCGAGCACUGGAUGAACAUGGUGGCGGCAAACAAAGCCAACAUGUUGACUCCUGCAACGGAACGCUGUUCGGUUGUGGAGAUUGUUGCCAACGGCACCUGCGAACGUUGAAGUUUUGAGAGUUUUUAAUUAAUUACUCGGUUAAAUAAGGCAUAGAUUUUGAAGUCAUAAGAGUUAGACGAGUCUUUUUAUUUUUCUUUAUUAUUUUUUUUUUUUGGUUUCGAAAAAAAAGGUAUUAAUUUUAUUUAACUGUGGGUGAUCAUUUAAUUGUAUUUUCAAACUUAAUGUUUUAGGAGUUUUUAAUUUAAGAAGGCUAAAUUUUGUAAUUUUUGUACUAAUUGAAUUGUCUCUUUAACA